ACCAGUUACAUAAUAACAGUGGGUACCUACUGUAGCUGAAGCAUUAGAGAAUGAGAGAUAAGGACACAGAGGGGGGAUGAUAAACAGCAAUUAUUUUCCUACCAAUUUAGAUUUUGAAAAUGCUGUGCAGGAUUGAAAUGCUAUUAAAAAAGGCGGAGAUAGUACAGUAUGAGCAAUCAUCAAGCACAACACACACAGCUUUAAUAUAUUUCAUUUUGAGUAUAGGGCUUCUGGUAUGGUAGGCAAUGCAGUAUGCCAAUGAACUUGCUGCUUUUAACAUCCAACCUUGUGCUUUCCAGCCCCUCUGGGUGCUGCAAACUCAACCUGCCUUCCUUUAUUUGUCUCUUUUAUCAAGUUAAGAAUUAUAUAGGAGCUAAAUUAAAUUUAGCAAGGUCAAUUAAAACACAAUGACUGGAUUAUAAAGCGAGAGUGCACCUUUUUAGGCCUCGGUCCGUCCUAUAUCACAUGAUGGCAUUUAAAACAAAUAGUAUCUGAUUGGCCUGGAGGCCCUGAGGGGGCCAUGUUCCCACACUAUAUGUCACUGAAUAUAUUUAUUGUUAGCUGUGCACUGCAAUUCUGGAGCGCUGGUAAAGACAAAUCCAGCUGAAACAACUUUAUUUUUGAUGUUAAAGCAUCGUCAGUGGUUUCCAAGAGUGUUGUCAAGCCUUAGGGGGUUUUAAAUUCAUGUAUAUUUGCAAAGUUGCAACACUGCAGCAGAUUAUUGCUUUUUCUAUGUGCUAAGUGAAUUAGUGAAAUAAUAAAGUUAUAUUAACCUCUUUUUUUGCCAUAGAUAACAUACAUUCUCGUGUUUCCAUAGUCACUGUAGAAGAGAUGAACCUUAGUGCGUCUGCUUGAGGUCAUUUUAAACUGGAGGUUAUGUUAGCACAUUGUUUCCUAAGAGUUUCAUCCAUGUUUCAACCCUGUGAUAGUCUGGUGACCUGUCCAGGGUGUACCCACCUCUCGCCCAAUGUCAGCUGGGGUAGGCUCCAGCACACCCACGACCCUUAACAGGAUAAGCGGUUACGGAAAAUGAAUAAAUGAAUGAUUGAGCAACGUGGCUCAUUUGUGUCAAUCAUGCAGGCCUGGGAAUCAUAGUUAGCUAGCAAACAAUGUUUCAUUAAUUCUGAACGGGCAAGUUUCAUUGUCAGCAUCCCUUGACGCUCACUUCCAUUGUUGCUUUUGCAUUUGUGCUACCAGUUAAUGUGCUUGUGGCUUUCAAAUAUGCAAAAGCAUUUUGGAUAUGCAGUUUGUUCGAGACACCUCUGCCACCGUAUUUGUUCAUUACCUUUAGCUGUCUGUUUAAAAAGAUUUUACAACCUCUUAAUGAACUGCAGAAUUAGGCUACAAGUACUCCUGGUUUGAAAUCAGUGGUAUAGAUCCUCUUGCUACUGUAACACUGGCAGCAAGAUAGAUAACUAGAUGGAGGGCAAAGUUGCAGCUCUCUAAAUUUAGUCACCCCUCCGCUCGUGGACUACAUACCAAUGACAACAGUCAAGCUGACACCCACCCACUCAUUCAGUCACUCAGUCAGUCAGCCGGGUCAGGCUGCAGCCCCCUGCGCCCACCCUCCCCACGACAAACUCCACUGCUGGGGAGCGCGAGCACCCACACGGGUCGUACUACUCAGCCUGACCCUCUCGCCUCUCACCUUUCUGACUUCCUGCUCUGAGGAGACAGGCACAAUUUGAGACUCCGCCCUGAGGGUCCUUCAGGACAGGUUGUACUGAUGUGCUUUGUCUCCUGUGACUUUUCGCCUCACCCCCAACUCCCCAGGGGCAGACAUGUCACAGUUCUCCACCAUGACGACCAGAGAGAGGAAAAUGCAGGCUGCAGCAAUCUGCAGGGAGGUUCUAGGCCAAGAAGAUGCAGAAAUGGAUCUGGGGAAGAAAGUGAACGCUCCUAAGGACAUCAUGUUGGAGGAGCUGUCUCUUGCCUCAAACCGGGGUUCCCGUCUCUUCAAAAUGCGCCAGAGACGCUCAGAAAAAUACACCUUUGAGAGCAUUCAGAAUAAAAACAAUGAGCAGCUCAAUAACACAAAUAUUUCUCAAACGGAGAAUGGGGACGCCAUGGACGGCCACAGCGGCGAGAACAACGUGGAUGUCGACCAAACGCCUACCGUGGUGUCUGACGCACCAGACACAAGCACAGUGCCAAAUCCAGACAGCAUUGCCCCAGGGUACGGAGCUCCUUUGAAAGACGUCCCUCCAGAGAAGUUCAACCUCACAGCUGUGCCAAAGUCCUACCACUCGCCUUGGCAGCAGGCCAUCAUCAAUGACCCGACCCUGGCUGACACUCUCAUCACCCAUAUGCCCGAACCGGAGCCCCGACCAGACCUGCCAGGGUACAAAAGUUUCAACAGGGUGGCGACCCCAUUCGGUGGUUUCAGCAAGGCGCCCAGACCUGCUCCCGUGAAGCCCCUCCUGGUGGAACCCCUCCCCGACUACCCUGAGCUCCAGGGGGACGCUGCGGUGGAUCGACCCUCCUUCAACAGAUCUGCUCUGGGGUGGGUGUCAGCAGGCGGUCCAGUCCCACUCCCUGCUGUUUCCCUUGAGCCUGUGCUCCCUGAGUCAGAGGACCUUUGAACCUGUAAUGAGGUCACACAGAGAUGCUGUCGACUUAGUUGCGGCACCAGAGGUUAAUGGUGGACUAGGGGAACGUUUCAGUCAGAACAGAGUCAGGGUUAGAGAAAGUGUAAGGUUAUCAUGUAUGCAGCAUCCCGUGGUUUUCCAGGGAUGUUAACUAUUGCACUGCUUCAUCUUGCUGUACAGUAGGCAGAGACACUACUGGAAUAAAUGGAAUUCAUUGUAUAAUAAUGUGCAUAAGAGUAUUUUAUCUUGCAGACACAGGUUUUUGCUCAAUAAAAUGAUGUAGAAUGCAACAA